ACCGAAGAAAUUCUCAACAAAACCCUUAACCCUAAGUUGCAUCAGUAUAAAUUAGGGUUUCUUCGUAGAACAAUUCCCCUAAUACCAGUGCUGGUUGCAGAGCCGCUUCCAUCUUUCAUCUCAGUCACUCCUCCCUCUCUCCAGCUUGUCGAUUUACAGGUAAGCAAUGGCGACAGCUGUAGUAGCACCGCCGCCGGCAACCCCAGAACCUACACAGCCUUACACUGAAGUGAAGCUCUUUAAUCGAUGGACUUUUGAGGAAGUUCAGGUUAACGACAUUUCCUUGUGCGACUACAUUGGUGUGCAACCAGCCAAGCAUGCCACCUAUGUUCCACACACUGCUGGAAGGUACUCUGUCAAGCGUUUCAGGAAGGCCCAGUGCCCAAUUGUUGAGAGGCUUACAAAUUCAUUGAUGAUGCACGGUAGAAACAAUGGAAAGAAAUUGAUGGCAGUCAGGAUUGUGAAACAUGCUAUGGAGAUCAUUCAUCUUCUGACCGAUCAAAACCCAAUCCAAGUUAUUGUUGAUGCUGUGAUUAACAGUGGUCCCAGGGAAGAUGCCACCCGUAUUGGUUCUGCUGGUGUUGUCAGGCGUCAGGCUGUUGAUAUUUCACCUUUGAGGCGUGUAAACCAAGCUAUUUAUCUGCUUACAACUGGUGCUCGGGAAGCUGCUUUCAGAAAUAUCAAGACCAUUGCAGAAUGUUUGGCUGAUGAGCUUAUCAAUGCAGCAAAGGGCUCCUCCAACAGCUAUGCCAUCAAGAAGAAGGAUGAGAUUGAAAGAGUUGCUAAGGCCAAUCGUUAAGAGAUCAAUACUGUAUGGCAGAGGAAGAAUUUUGUCUCUCUUAAGAAUUUUUUUUUAGCGUUAUGUUUUAAAGAUUUGAACAUACUGAUGUUGCUCGGUUGGUUGUUAUUUGUGUCAAAGAUUUGCUCUCUUGUUUAGUUUGCAGUUUUAUGAUAUUAUUAAGAAUACAUUAUUGACCUAAAUUUCUCAAGUUCUUGGUGUGUUUUAAAUUA